AUGAAGACCAAACGAACGGCAAGAUUCCCACGGCGCCAGCCCAAAUGGAUAUCGACGGCCCCAAGCUGGUUCGAAGCGGACGAUCGUUCUGUGGAAACGAAACAGUGGGGAGAGUUAGCAUCCAAAGAGAGGGGAACAGAUGACAAAGACCAGGAGCCUAUCCACCUAAUCCUCCCUCUUCAGACAUUACAGAUUGACAGGCGGUCCUCCGACCUAACCUCGUAUCCAACAAUGCUAUGUGUGGACUAA